AACACAUGUUUAUGUUGCUAAGGCUGGUUGCUAAGGAUAAUACACCGAUCUUUUAAUAUGACACUGCUGUUGACCAAUCAGCAACAAGGGCCAGAACUGCCCGUUUUAUAAAUAGAAACACGACGAACACCCUUCACCUGUUACACAGAAGCCAAGUGAUGCACAAGUCCUACCAGCCUCUGAAACCCGCGACCAACAGAUUCCUGCAGCAGAGAUGGGACCAGACGCGAUAUGAGGACCACCGCUGCAAGGUGAGAGAGGCCAAACCUGUGGUCGACACCAAGGGCAUCCAAACACCUGUGCAUAUUCAACACAAACUGAAGAAAGUCCAGCUGCAGGAAGAGAGGAUGUCCAUCAUAGAGAGAGACAACCACCUCCUGGCCAGCAGACUGGCUGCGAUCACUCGCUCGAAAGGACUGGUGGACCACAGGAACCAUUACCCACAGUACAGUCUGAAUGCACAGAAAAGGAAGGAGAAGCUUCUGCAGGUGACUCACGAAAACCAGGAGAUCUACCAGCGAAUCAUGACGCAGAAAUCUGACUACAGGAGGGAACUCUGGGAAGACGACUGGGAAAAAGUCAAGCGAAGGAGAGACGACAUUGCACGCUAUCCUCGAGGAGUGACCAAUAAACAGAAACCUACAAAGGUUGUGAAGUUCUCUGGAGGGACAUUUGGACGGAGUCAGCGGUCAUCUAGCGGUGUUGAAGAUGACAGCGGGGAAACCACAGAAGAAGAACUGCAACCAGCAACAUGAACUCAACAGUGUUAAACACCGAACAAGCACUGGUUAACAUCAAUCAAAUAAACUCACCUAUAGGUUAAAUUAACUGGAACACUGGGAUUCGUUCAAUUCAGAGGCUGAAGAAUGUAAAUGCAAUGUAUUAAAGAUCUCAAAACCAGUUAAUAAGAACAAUAAAUUAUAGAGAACAUGAAUGUGAAAUGAACCAGA